CGCCGACUAUAAACAACCGGCCGCCGCGUCCCGUUUCCCGCCGCCACCGCAACGGUGGCACCAUUCCAGCCGGUGCAGCUGCGUUGGUGUUGGCUGCGGGGGAGGAGAAGUUGUUGUUGUUGUUGGGGGCGCCGAGGAAAAAGGGGUCGGCGUGCCCGCGCGGGACUGGUUGCCCGUGCGGAGGGAGCCGGCGGAGGUGGCGGCGGUGCUGCGGGGUUUGAGAGCGAGACGGAGCAACGGAAAGAAAGAGCUCGAGCCCGAGCGCGAGGCCGCCCGCCGCCCGGUUCCCGCCCGCCGCCCGCCCGCCCGAGCGCGAGCGUCCCCGCAGAGGAGCUCGAGCCCUGCCGCCCGCCCUCCCCCCUCCCCGGACCAACCGUCAGCUGAGAGCCAGGCCGCCCGCAGACAGCAGCGGCGGCGGCGGCACCACCACGGUGGGGUCGGGGAGCCAGCCGAGGGCCGGCAGCGCCAGCGCCAUGAGCCAGCAGGCCGGCGAGUUCAUCCCGCCGCCCGAGUGCCCGGUGUUCGAGCCCACGCCGGAGGAGUUCGCCGACCCGUUCAAAUUCAUCAACAAGAUCCGGCCCAUCGCCGAGAGGACCGGCAUCUGCAAGGUCCGCCCGCCGCAGGGUUGGCAGCCACCUUUUGCCUGUGAUGUUGAUAAACUACAUUUUACCCCACGAAUUCAAAGACUGAAUGAACUUGAGGCUCAGACCAGAGUAAAACUCAAUUUUCUGGACCAGAUAGCAAAAUUCUGGGAACUACAAGGGUCAACAUUAAAAAUUCCACAUGUGGAGAGGAAGAUUUUGGAUUUGUUUUUACUCAACAAGUUGGUUGCAGAAGAAGGUGGUUUCGAAAUAGUCUGUAAGGAACGGCGCUGGUCCAAAAUAGCGCACAAAAUGGCAUAUCCACCUGGAAAAGCAUUGGGCUCACUACUUCGAUCUCACUAUGAACGUAUUCUGUACCCCUAUAACCUCUUUCAAUCUGGAGCCAGUUUAUUGUGUGUACAGAAGCCAAGUCUGAUUAAUGAUGAGAAAGACCAAGAGUACAAGCCACAUGAUAUUGUUCAGAGACAGUCAGUGCAGUCCUCGGAGAUGACUGUACCAGCACGACGUGCAAAACGUAUGCGAUCAGAGGUGGGAGAUGUAAAGACAGAGCCCAGUGAUGUCACUGAGGUUCACGCUCAUGACUUGCGACCAAAAACAAGGAGUGGAUCAAUGAAGUGCGAAAGUGAGAAGUACAAUAUGACUGGAGUGAAGAAGGAAGGAAGCGAAAAUCGUACUAAUGAUCUAGAGCGAACAAGGACACUGCGAAACAGCAGAACUACCAUUGCCUCUAAUAUUGUGGACUUGUAUGUUUGUCUGAUAUGUGGACAAGGUAAUGAAGAAGAUCGACUUCUGCUCUGUGAUGGCUGUGAUGAUAGCUACCACACUUUCUGUUUGAUUCCUCCCUUGCAUGAUGUUCCCAAGGGUGAUUGGAGGUGUCCAAAAUGUCUGGCUCAGGAGUGCAGCAAACCUCAAGAAGCCUUUGGGUUUGAGCAAGCCCCGAGGGACUACACACUCCGUGCAUUUGGAGAAAUGGCUGAUGCCUUUAAAUCAGACUACUUCAAUAUGCCAGUUCAUAUGGUUCCAACGGAGCUGGUGGAGAAGGAAUUUUGGCGCUUGGUUAGUACCAUUGAAGAAGAUGUUACGGUGGAAUAUGGAGCUGACAUUGCAUCUAAAGAAUUUGGUAGUGGAUUCCCCAUCAAGAAUGGCAAAAUUAAAUUGCGACCUGAUGAACAGGAGUACUUGGAUUCGGGAUGGAAUUUAAACAAUAUGCCUGUGUUGGAACCUUCCGUCCUGACACAUGUCAGUGCCGAUAUUUGUGGAAUGAAGUUACCAUGGCUGUACGUGGGAAUGUGUUUCUCCUCCUUUUGCUGGCAUAUUGAGGAUCACUGGAGCUAUUCAAUCAAUUAUCUACACUGGGGAGAGCCUAAGACAUGGUAUGGAGCACCAGCAUACGUGGCAGAACAGCUGGAGAGUGUUAUGAAGAAACUGGCGCCUGAGCUGUUUGAAUCCCAGCCUGACCUUCUGCAUCAGCUGGUCACCAUCAUGAAUCCUAACACUCUGAUGGCUCACGGAGUGCCAGUUUAUAGAACUAAUCAGUGUGCAGGGGAGUUUGUCAUCACAUUUCCUAGAGCCUAUCAUAGUGGUUUUAAUCAGGGAUUCAACUUUGCAGAAGCAGUGAACUUCUGCACAAUGGAUUGGCUGCCAAUGGGCCGUCAGUGUGUGGAACAUUAUCGUCUCCUGAACCGUUAUUGCGUUUUCUCUCAUGAUGAGAUGAUUUGUAAGAUGGCAUGCAAGUCAAAGGAUUUGGAUGUAGUUUUGGCAUCUGCUGUCUAUAAAGAUAUGAUCAUUAUGAUGGAUGAGGAGAAGAAAUUAAGGGAAGCAGUUCGCAAAAUGGGAGUAAUUGAUUCUGUGAGGGAGAAAUUCGAGUUAUUGCCUGAUGAUGAGCGACAGUGUGCAAAGUGCAAGACUACUUGUUUCUUGUCUGCAGUCUCAUGCCAUUGUAAAUCAAAUCAACUGGUUUGUCUGUACCACGUCAAUGAACUCUGCUCAUGUCCACCACAUAGAUGUCAUCUCAGAUAUCGUUACACCUUGGAUGAUCUCUAUCCUGUUCUGAGUGAAUUAAAAUUACAUGUAGCAGUAUAUGAUGAAUGGUCUUCCAAAGUGACUGCUUAUCUGGAAGCAAAAGAUGAUGAAAAGAAAAGUCUCUCUGAUUUCAAGCUAUUGUUAAAGGAAGCAGAGAAGGAAAAAUUUCCAGAAAAUGAUCUGUUGAAACAGUUGCGGGAAGCUAUUGUUGAGGCAGAAAAGUGUGCCUCUGUUGCUCAGCAACUACUGAAUGAUAAACGGCAAACCAGGUACCGAUCUGGUGGAGGAAAGUCCCAAAAUCGUCUGACAGCUGCAGAGCUUCAAGCAUUUGUUAAGCAGCUCUAUGUCCUUCCCUGCAUAAUUGACCAGGCUCCCUUACUAAAGGAACUUUUAAACUCCGUGGAAGAUUUUCAGCUGCGCUCUGCAAAGGUUCUUGCUGAUGAAAUACCCAAUACUUUUGAGCUCCAGCAACUGUUGGAUAUCAGUUUUGGGUUUGACAUAGAAUUACCACAGAUACAAUAUCUUCGAGAGCACCUAGAGCAAGCACGGUGGCUAGAUGAAGUUCAGUUAGCUUAUUCUGCACCUGAAUCUUUUGCUUUGGAUGAUAUGAGGCGGCUGAUUGACUCUGGCGUAGGAUUAGCACCUCAUCCAGCUGUAGAGAGGGCUAUGGCUCACCUUCAGGAACUCCUCACUGUUUCCGAACACUGGGAGGAGAAAGCUCACAAUUUGCUAAAAUCCAGGCCUCCACACUCUUUGACAACUCUAUCUGCUGCCUUGGAAGAAGUAGAAGUUAUUCCUGCUUAUUUCCCCAGUGGCCUUGCACUGAAGGAGGCUGUAAAGAAGGCUGGAAUCUGGCUUCAGGAAGUGGAGAUUUUUCAGAGCUCUGGCCAACCUCACCCAUUUGAAACCUUGGUAGAGCUUGUGACACGAGGCCGUGCAAUCCCAGUACAUCUGGAUCCACUUCCUCAACUUGAGUCCUUGUUUGAAGAUGCUGAGAGGUGGAAAGACAAUGCAGCUAAAAUUUUUCUGACAAAGAACUCCAACUGCUCCCUUUAUGAAGUGCUGUGUCCCAGGUCAGACAUUUGUGCAACUGGAUUGAAAAAGAGAGCCAAGAAAUCAAAAGAACAUUUUCAGAAUGGAAAAGGGAAAAGUCCAAAGCUAGAAAGCGUGGGAUCUUUCAAUGAAGCCAGACUGAAAGAAAUGGAAUCCUUUCGUUCCCUCCAAACAUCAAACUCCAUGAAGUAUCUUUCUGAUGCAGAGUGUUUAGAAAUGAAAAUGUGUGUUUGUCAGAAAGGUCCAUCUGGCUCCAUGCUGCAGUGUGAGCUUUGCAAAGACUGGUUCCACAGCAACUGUGUCUCAGCAGCCAGUGGUUGCCAUGGGGAGCAACCUUGGCUCUGUCCUCUCUGUCUGCGAUCAGAAAAGCCAACGUUUGAGAAAAUCCUCCCACUCCUCUCGACGCUACAGGAGAUUCCUGUCAGACUGCCAGAGGGCGAAGCACUAAAUUAUGUUUUUGAACGAGCUAUGAACUGGCAGCAACGGGCAAAGCACCUUCUUAGCACAGAUGAACUACACUUGGCCCUAAUCACCUCACAAGUAGCAACCCAGCCUUGGCCAGGUAUUACAAAACAAAUGGCUGCUACCGAAUUAGAGAAGCGAGUAGCUGAAUGCAACUUGCAGGUGAAUUCUGGCAAAGAGGUUAAGUUUUUACUGCAGUUUGUAAUAGGAAUCUUUUGGACAAAGAAGAGAAGAUGGGAGUUUCCAGACCUUUGUGGCAGAAGAACAUCCCAGCUCAAGGGCUGUGCCUGUCUGAUGAUGUGAGAUCUCAACUUGAUGAAUUGAUGAUGGAGGCUCUAUUAAUACAGGUUACUCUACCUGAGAUGCAACACAUUUAUCAGAUCUUAUUAACUCAGUCCCCUGUAGUAGAAGAUCACCAGCAACAAUCUGAACAACUGAACUAUGAACCAC